ACUUAAUCAUUUUGAAGAUUACGACUUACGACUUUCGAACAACACCUAUUUGUCAUUGCUAGAUUGGUCAUUUAUUUUUAUAUGAGAAUUGUUCAAAAACUCAUAUAAAUUAAUAAUUUAUUUAAUAAUGACAUCAUAUGUGCGUGCAAUGUACGAUUUCUCUGGUGAGCCAGGCUCAUCGGAGAUUUCAAUAAAGGUUGGUGAAAUCCUGGCAGUGACUCGCACAGACGUUGGAGAAGGUUGGUGGGAGGGGAAGAAUAGUCAAGGAAAAGUUGGUCUUUUUCCAGCGGCCUAUGUGGAGGUGAUGUCGGCCGCCGAAGCACAGAAACAUAACAACCAAACUAGUACUAGUAGUCCUGUUGCAGUGCCUGCUGCGACAACCACAACUGAUGCAUCGAAUCGAUAUGAUCAAACCGCUGAUGAAUAUGACGAUUGGGAGGAUGAUUGGGAUGAUGACAAUGAAACUUAUUCCGAAAUAGGACCCAGUGGUGGGGCAAAAACUAGUAAUCAUGCAGGACAUGCAACAACACUCUCACAUUCCGCUAGCAAUUAUGAUAAUAAAAAUCUGCCAGCUGCACCAAUGGACGAUACUAUCUCAUUAGCAUCUACAGCUGCGCCAAACAACACAGCCACUUUGAAAAAGUCUGGUAUGUUCGGUAAAAGUUCGGAUUCGUAUAUACUCGGUUUGGGCAAUAAGGAAAAGCUUUCGGAACAUGAAAUUGUGCAUAUAGCUAAUGUGGAAAAUUUUUGUUAUUGGCAAACUAACCAUCAACGUUACACCGUAAUAGUGGCCAGUCCCAAAAAAGAGUCUAAAUUUAAAGGAAUGAAAACUUUCAUUGCAUACCAGUUGACACCGAGCUUUAAUGAUACAUCUGUAUCAAGACGAUACAAACAUUUUGAUUGGUUACACGAACGUUUAGUGGAGAAAUUUUGCCUCAUUCCCAUACCACCACUACCAGACAAGCAAAUUUCUGGACGUUAUGAAGAACAAUUUGUGGAACAUCGACGAGUGCAAUUGCAAGAGUUUGUGGAUUGGGUUUGUCGUCAUCCUGUACUGUCACAAUGCGAAGUGUGGCAUCAUUUCUUGACCUGCAAUGAUGACAAGGCAUGGAAAUCGGGCAAAAGGAAGGCCGAACGUGACACAUAUGUGGGAGUAUCUUAUUGCUGGGCCAUAUCACCGCCGGAGAAAACAUUGUUGCCAUCACAUGUAGAUGCUCAAAUGGAAAGUUGUUCACAAUUCGUGCAUGCAAUGGAUAUUUCGGUACGAAAUCUCUUAGCAUUAUCCAAUGAUACGGCGAAGCGUUAUCAAACACAAUGUAAAAAAGAAUUCCAACGUAUUGGUGAUGGCAUGUCGGACCUAGCAAAGGCCUUAAAUAUUGACGAGCGUCGCGCACCCUCAAAAACAACACCGUUGUCGGAAAGUGUUGGGCGCGUUGGUGGUAUAUUCAUUGGUAUCGGACAGCUCUUUGGUGACCAACCAAAAUCAGACUGGAUACCAUUCUCGGACCGUUUGCAUAUCUACAGAGGUGUCCUCAACAGUUUCCCUGACAUUCUGUCAACACACAAAGGUGCAAUGCAAAAGCGUAAAGAAUGCGAACGUCUAACUGCUGAGCAAAAGAUGAGCAAUGCCCAAAUGACCGAUGUGAAUCGUCGUACCGAUGUUAUUUCCUAUGCUGUAAUGGCUGAAAUGUCGCAUUUUAAAGAGGAACGUGACACACAUAUGAAACAGGCGCUUAAAUCAUUUAUAGAAGAACAAAUUAAGUUCUAUUCAAAUGUCGUUAAUAGGCUGCAAGAAGCUUAUCGUCAAUUUGACUAAAAAUGUUCUAAUUACAAAUCGUUGAUCCCCUAAACUAUGGCCGCUUUUAUCCAACUGCUUUGGUGGAUGUGUGUGUUUACUAAGUGUGUGAGAUCACGACAAUAGCA